AAUGAACGCGAGACUUGCUCUUACCCCGGUCUCGUAUAAAUCACGCCUCUUCUCGCGUGAAGUGGAGUUCGUUGUUCAAACAUGGCGGCCGCGAUGGAUGUCGACACCCCGAGCGGGACAAACAGCGGAGCGAGUAAGAAGCGCUUUGAAGUGAAAAAGUGGAACGCAGUGGCUCUGUGGGCAUGGGACAUCGUGGUGGAUAACUGUGCCAUCUGCAGAAACCACAUCAUGGACCUGUGUAUAGAGUGUCAGGCUAAUCAGGCUUCAGCCACAUCCGAGGAGUGCACAGUGGCCUGGGGAGUGUGUAACCAUGCCUUCCAUUUCCACUGCAUCUCCCGUUGGCUAAAGACGAGGCAGGUGUGUCCUCUGGACAACAGGGAGUGGGAGUUCCAGAAGUAUGGACACUGAACUUCUCCUGAUGUUUUUGUCGUGUGUUAGUCAUUUUGUGAUUCUGAAAGACAGCUCUUGACAUUUUUGAAACAGGAAUGCUGUGUGUUGCUGUUAUAGUGAAAUACUGAGGAACACGUUGUUGUGACCAAUCUGAAACCGAUUCGUUUAAAAAGGCAGUUUAAGUGUUUUAUUCCUCUUAUACCACAACAAUUUACAUAAAACAAUGAUGAAACACUCUUUAAUCUCCAUGGAAUGAAUUGGUUCCUGUUUUUCAUUUAUUUUACAGAAGCUAUAUAGGUAGCUAAAUGUAAUUCAUAUAUACAUACACACGUGAACGCAUAUAUAUAACUAUAUGUAGCCAUUUAUAUAGCUGCUUUCUCUCUCUGUCUAUAGAGAUCGAUCGAGCGAUCUAAAAUGAUAAUCUGGGUUUAAGCUGUUAUUGUUUCUAUAGUUUCAGGUAAUUGACUGGAACUAACAUUUCACGGACUUUCUGCAGCAUGUUUAUCUAUACACUGACGGAAGGAUCCUGUUGCAUUCGUUAAGUGUGUAACCAAAAAAAAGUGGUUAUUAACAGGAACUCUGUAUUUUUGUAUUAACAGCAACACACUAAUUGCUCUGCACCUCCAUUAAUAAUAAACUGUGUGUGAAUUUAGUCAAAAGUGAUUGA